AAUAGUGUUUAAUGUUUACAGGAAAAUACACGAACGCUUAGAUCGCAUAGAAGCAGAAAUGAAACGAGUAAAUUCCAUUGUAGAAAAAAUUUUUAAAUGCGUCCAAAAUCGCCAUCGCGCACCGCAGAAACCGGCUAUUUUUCUCAUAGCGUCGCUUUCGGACAUGGAUGCUUUUGAAAAGAUCGACGAAGAUGGAUAUUCCAACGCCGUAAAUUAUUUCUGUUAUAUUGGCGGUUUUAAUUUGAGAGAAGCUGUGAACAUCUGCUUNAAAGAAAGUUUGAAGGAUACUCUCGUGCCGAAUUUUACAUGGUGGGGCCGUGAAGGACAUCGGUCAUUAUAUGAUACUCGUCUUAUUAUGGCGAUUUAUGAUAGCGUGUGCCAAAACAAAUACUUUGAAAAACCAACGCGCUCUGAAUUCCAAGUGCAAAUGCGCGAGGCAUUGAGGAUGUCUAAGGAGAGACACAGGAGCAGAUCACGCAGGAAGACUGUUCCAAACGGCGGCGGCGCAAAGAUCCAACGAUGUGAUCUAUGGAACGACAGGGAAUUGAAUGAAAGUACGGAUCAAGAACUUACAAAUGAUUAGACAAAACAAUACGGAAACUAUGCCACGCGAAAGAUUGGGGAAAACUAUAUAAGUUUGAUGAAGAAGACGAGAAGAAGGAGAAAAAACUACGUGAAGAAGACUAUAUUACUCAACUAGUGGAUUGAACAACAUAUAAUAUUGUUAUUUCUCAUAUUUUCUGUACAGUAAUUAAUGAAGCCAAAUAUGACUAAGACAGAUAACUGGUUUGUGUUUAUCUCACUGUCAAAACAGCUAUCUGUCUCACAUAAGUUAUAUCCAGAUUCAUUUGCUGGACAGAAUGCUUGAUCUAUAUAUAUAUACAUAUAUAUAUAUAGACCAGAUCGCUAUGAAGA